GGCUGCGGUCAGAGGGAAGGAGGCUGCCACUGUGGAAGGUCAAGGGGCUUUUUAACGCGCAGUGAUCUGGCGCCUUCUCAGUGACCGCACACCAUCAGUGAGAUUCGUGGAGGUAUCGUCCUGGAAAAAAAAAACACCAAUAAACAGCAGCUUUGGGUACAAUACUGGACUAAGAAUGCGGCAUGUGCUGUUGAUCUCCAGGGAGUGAGCGGAGUGCGUCUUGGUGUUCAGCAUGGCUCUGGAGAGCGCCACACUCCUAAAAGCGGGGCUUUUGUUGUUGAUGGCAGCUCAAGUCCUUCCAUUGGUGUCUGGCUGCAACAGAGGUUUCUAUGAGAGGAUGAUCAGUGAUCUCUGCUUAGCUAAGUUCAAAUUCGACAUGGGAGGACUGGAUCCGGGCGUGUGGUGCAGCUGGCCGGACACAACGGAGAUCUACGAGGGUCUGACAAACUGCACUUACCAGGUGGCCAUGAGGAUGGAUUGCUUCUGGCCCAAUCAAAUAGUCGACCAAUUCUUCAUGCAGAUUCACCAAACCUACUUCCAAGAUUGCGCUCUGACCGGCCGGCUCCUCCAUGACCCACCGAUCAGUGUCCUCGCCCCGUUCAUCGCAGUGCCAGUACUGGUCACCCUGCUCAUGACUGCUUUGGUAGUGUGGAGGAGUAAACGCACAGAGGGAGUGCUUUAAGGUCAUUGAGGUGCUGGAUUUAGCCACAGACAUUGAUCAUAUAUAUGGACACAUGGAAAGAAUGUUUUUUGUGUUCCAUGUGAAGCUGUAUGCUCUUGUACUUUUUGUCUUGAAAUCAAAUUAUUCACAUAUUAAUAUGAUAGGCGAAGUGAAAAAUUGCAUGUCAUUAAAUAUGUUUGACUGCAGGAGACAGUAAUAUAAAAUAAAUGUCCUAUUUGGUAUAAAAAAUA